AUGUUGGUAUACAUCUUACAAGAAGUGCCCAAAUAUGCGAAAUACAUCAAAUACAUAGUGGAAAAUAAGAAGAGGUUAGCUGAGUUCGAGACUGUGGCACUUAUUGAAGAAUGUAGCUCUAGAAUUCAAAGAAAGCGACCUCAGAAAUUUAAGGAUCCAUGUCGUUUCACUAUCCAAAUCUCAAUUGGUAAGCACGCAGUCGAGCGAGCUUUGUGUGAUCUUGGAGCGAGCAUCAAUUUGAUGCCGCAAUCUGUUUUCACACAAUUGGGGUUGGGGGAGCUGCGCCCAACCACAAUGAUUUUACAAUUGGCUGAUCACUCCCUUGCUCAUCCUAAAGGGGUGAUUGAAAAUGUGUUAGUUCAAGUGGGCUCUUUCAUAUUUCCCGCAGAUUUUAUUAUCUUGUACCAUGAGCCUGAUCAAGAAGUCCUAUUUAUUUUGGGGCAUCCAUUCUUUGCCACGGGCUGA